UCAGCCCCGCUUGGCGCCGGCGCAGUCGGUUCCCCCCCGCCUCCCGGAAGGACUCUUCGCUCCCAGCGGCCCCUGCGCGGUCCUUUCCGGCCGGUUCCCGGCAGGCACUGCUCAGAUGGCUCCUGCGAAGAAGGGUGUCGAGAAGAAGAAGGGACGCUCCGCCAUCAACGAGGUGGUCACUAGGGAAUAUACCAUCAACAUUCACAAGCGGAUCCAUGGCGUGGGUUUCAAGAAACGAGCACCGCGUGCUCUCAAGGAAAUCCGUAAAUUUGCGAUGAAGGAGAUGGGUACUCCUGAUGUUCGCAUUGACACCAGAUUGAACAAAGCAGUCUGGGCUAAAGGAAUAAGGAAUGUCCCUUACCGUAUCCGUGUGCGCUUGUCCAGAAAGCGCAAUGAGGAUGAAGAUUCACCAAACAAGCUCUACACACUGGUUACCUACGUACCAGUCACAACAUUCAAAGGUCUACAGACAGUCAAUGUGGAUGAAAAUUAAACUGAUUUUCAUUACAAUAAAAGGAUAAAAAGAAA